AUGAUAAUUGUAGCUGGAGGUCAACCCGACUCUGUGUUCAACUCUUCGGACGACUUGGUGAAAUUGGCUGGUGCCGCUUGUCAUUUAGAAGUACAAGUCUUGGUGGACCAAUACGGAAAUGCAAUCAGUUUAUUUGGUAGAGAUUGUUCAGUCCAACGUCAUCAUCAGAAAAUCAUUGAAGACGCUCCGGUCACUAUUGCUCCUACUGAUACAUUUGAACAGAUGGAGAAGGCAGCAUCCCUUUACAAGGCCUCGACUGAUAAUUUCUAUUUCCUUGAACUCAAACCCCAUCUACAAGUCAAACAUCCCACUACAGAAAUGGUCUCAGGUGUGAACUUGCCAGCAGCUCAACUUCAAAUCGCCAUGGGAAUUCCAUUACAUCAAAUCAGAUAUAUUUCUACCUUACACGUUGUCGCUGUCCGUGCCGAGAACUCUGGUCAAGCUUUCAAACCUUCCUCUGGAAAGCUACAACGACUUAACUUUAGCUCUGAAAUGAAUGUUUGGGGAUAUUUCUCAGUUGGAACAGCUGGUGGACUCCAUGAGUUUGCUGAUUCACAAGUUAAGUUUUUUGGAAUACACAAAAAAACAAACCAAAAGAUAAGAUUGAAAUCACAAAAACUUUGA